GUGAUGUUUUAGAGGACGAUCUUCACCCUUCUUCUCCAGCUGAGCUCCGGGAUCCAAAGGCAGCGUGACAGACCUCACUCAUCAUUAUAUUCUACUUCUUAGUUGUGUUCUAAGAACAACAUUAUCAAGAUGGCUGACUUCUCAGGCAAGUGGGUGUUUGACCAUGCGGAGAACAUGGAGACCCUCGCGGACAAACUGAAGAUUGACCCUGCUAAGAUCCCCAAAGAUCGUAGCACAACUGUGGAGAUCACCCAGAAUGGAGACAACUUUCACAUCGUUUCAGUUGGGGGCGGGAGGACACGUGAUAUGAACUUCACGAUUGGCAAGUCGUUUGUCGAUCCAGACAUACUGGAACUGCGUGGCAAGGAGAUUCAAGUAACACCUAGCUGGAACGGGAGCAAACUGGUUCUAACUGGUCCCAAGGGAACCAACAGCGCUGCCAGGGAGAUGGUCGGCAGUCAGAUGGUUGUCACCUUUAACUGGGAGGGGGUCGUGGGCAAACGGUUCUUUAAUAGGGCUUAAGAUUCAGGCUGCAAUCGACUUGCCCUCUCUACAUACAAAUUAAGCCUUGCCAGUAAUUAAAGUGAUUCAAUUUUUGACUUUCGUAAAAUCGAACGAUAUAUUGCAAAUUCAUAGUGGGUAAGCCGAAUCGCAAAACUAUCAGCAUAACAUUGAUCUGGUCUAUUAUGACUAAAGAAAACACGAGUUUAGUAUCCUAAGCUAUUUAGCUAGUCUGAAGGGGAAAUAAAUUGGUAUAUCUCAUUGUCCACUUUUAUUUAGUGUGUAUAUGAUUGUAUCUUGCUGUAUAAAUCGUUUGAUUGAUUUCUCUCUAAAUUUGCAAAGAUAAUACACACUAUAUUAUCUCAACUGUUCAUGACUCAUUGUUGUUCCCAUGUAAAAAUGGGGAUUGGUAUAACUCAAAUCGUAAUCACUUUAUCAAAACAAAAUUGGGUAAUGUUCGCCAUGAAGUAAAACAACAAUCAACUCUAAAUGAAAAUGUAACCGGAUGUGACAUAAUAUCUUCCUUGCAGGGGUAACAUAAUUUUACUAAAGUGCAAAGAUCUGCAAUUACAGCUAUCGAAUUAAUAGUGUUAAUGAAUUUGUCUGAUUAUGACCCUCGUUGCUACCAGGGUUGCCAUGACUGAUAUAACGUUAUAUUAAACGAAGCUUUGAUAUGAA